GCUUCCUGGCUCCCAAUGCAGCACCCCGGUGAAGGCUGCCUGCUGGAGAAGCCUCCCAAGUGUCCCUCACGAAGUGCAUCCGCCACUCUGCCGUCGUCACAGUCCGCCCUCCGGUCCAGCACGCCACUGCAGCUGUUGCCUCGGCCCAACAGCGAUGAUGGCUCACAAGCGCUCAGCAACGUGCGGCAGUACAGCAACAGCCUUCCACGUUCGCACGGCCAGCAGGUGAGACGCUCUGAGGAAGCUGCUGCUGCUGCUGCGCCAUCCCCUACGGCAGCGUCCAGGGACGUCUUCCGCAGCCGCAAGAGCUCGACGGGUGUCUCCUUUGGUAAAGGCUUUUUCCGCUUGCGGUCUUCUCGCCGAGCCUGCUCUGCACCAGAACUAGCCCAGCCUGAGCUGGUGGUGGCUCGUCCCGGUUGCCAGCUGUACUCGCCCCCCUCGGCUGCCUCCACGCUCAAGCACAGCAAGAGUCGCGGUCUCAAGAAGAUCCUGGGCAGGUUGAGGCGCAGCAACUCACACACCAUGGACGUCUCGGACAGCUUCCAACGAGGAGGACUGCGAGCAACUGCGGGACCACGGCUGGGCUGGACACCAGUCACCGUGCACAAUAACCACUGCUUCACGGACAAGCCCGUGAACGAGUGGGGCCCCGACAUGAUAGCCCAGUGGCUCGAGCGGCUGGGCCUGGCCGUGUACGGGGACAGCAGCAAGCCCUUCCUGCGGGAUGGCAGCCGUCUUCUCAAGGUCACUGCCUCCGAACUUGAGAAGGAGCUUGGCAUGCGCCACCCGCUGCACCGCAAGAAGUUCCUGCUGGCAGUGGACUGCCUGCGGCCGGAAGCUAGCGAGCUGAGCCGGGCAGCAGCCGCGCUCGACGCAGCCUGGGCGCUGCGCUGGCUCGACGACGUGGGCCUGCCCCAGUACAAGGACGCCUUUGCCGAGGCACUCGUUGACGGAGCCGUGCUGAAUGCCCUCACCGUGGAGGACCUGCUGCGGCUAAAAGUGACCAACCAGUUCCACCACCUGAGCAUGAAGCGGGGCAUCCAGGUGCUGCGACUGAACCGCUUCGACCCCUCCUGCCUCAAGCGACGUUCGCUGCCCGACGAGUGCAAGCAGUACAGCCCCCUGGACGUGUCCCUGUGGACCAACCACCGGGUGAUGGAGUGGCUGCGAACGGUGGACCUGUCGGAGUACGCUCCCAACCUCCGAGGCAGCGGUGUCCACGGGGCACUCCUGAUCUAUGAGGAUGGCAUGACAUGGGAGGUGUUUGCGGCCGUUCUGAGCAUCCCGGGCAAUAAGACGCUGCUGCGGCGCCACCUGUCGCUCCAGCUGAAGCAGCUGCUGGGACCCCGCAUUGUGCAGCGCAAGCGUGCUCUGCAGGCCAGCCCCGACCACGUGCCCCUGUCGCCCGCCGCCAAGGUCAAGGCGGCCAAAAAGAGUCCGCUGCGCUGGAGGCGGGCCAAGGGUGCGGACGGCUACCUGUGCCCCUUCGAGGCUGAUGCUCUGGCCGAGGACCUCUCAUCCUGCGACUCCUCGGCAGCGGACAGCUCUCUCGACGAUUCCUUCUCAUCCUGUUGUCCCCGUGAAAAGGAUCCCAAGACAGCUCAAGAAAUCGAAGCUGUGUCCAACGAAAUUUCCUCAUUCAUGAAACUUCAAGAAGUAAAGAACCUGGACAAACUGGCAUCGACCAACAUCUAAACAGCAACAUAGAACCGUCUCUAAUCUUGCCCAUACCAAAGCACCUCAUUGCCUUCUUUUUUUUUAAUAUAUACAUGCGCAUCACAUAUCGUGAAAUGAUGCACCUAUUUUAUAUACUGACACUUUUUAAACUUACUACAAGUAUUGCAAGCAGGAUGCAGAGCUCUCUCGCAAGUGCUGUUUCUUUACGUUUAAUCUUUAAAAAAUUUUUUAUUAAUUCGUGAACGGUGACAAGUAUGUUUGUGCAAAAACAGAAAAGAAAGGCUCAUCCAUACCGUGCACCUGUUGGCAGGAUCUUGACAAACAUGGUGUUUCUACUAUAAAGGGGCAAGUGGCUCCCAGUGGGUAACAUGUGGCAGCUCACACCGAAUGUGGUGGUAUUUAUGCAUAAAAUGUUUCACUCUGUUGUGGUAAUGAUUUCUGCGGUAGAUGAAGCUGAUGUUUGCCAACAAGGGCCGGUAUGUGGGGCACAAUAGAUUGGUCGCCCAUAUUGUGUGGUGAUAGCUCUCAGAGCAUGUAGUUGUCAGAGUUACCCUCCUUUAGCUAGAUGACUGUGUUGCUAACAUGCGGCACAAUUCCUGUUUCAUCCUCGACUGGCAUUGUGUCUUGGUUCUUUUUCUGCAGUUUGUUUGUCAAAGCCGGCACACCAAAAAAAGAAAAGGCAGAUAUGUAUGAUUGCGCUUGUUGUUUGCACCUCCUAUGUUAUGGGUUUGUUUUUUAUGUAGGUCAUGUUUUUGUCUAUUUUGUUAAAAUAUCAGCGUUUACAAAAACUGGCUAGGCUGCCAACUGGGUGGCAACUGGGGGGCAGAAAAAGAGGGUGGGGGGGUUGUCAUAUCCUCAUUUGACUGACCACUUGUGAUCGCACGCUUUCGCUUAAUGCUUGAUAUGACGACAAGCAAGACGAAUCACUAGAGUGACGGGCAUCUUGUUUGUCGAGAUAUUCAAGUACUAUGCGGCAUGAGAACAACACUCGUGGGAGGGGAAGCUUUGCUUUUAUCACAUCCAGUUCUGCUGGCACAGCCAAUGAGGGCUCACUGAAAGUGAUAUCCCCGAAGUGAUUUAUCUAAAGUACUGUGCUAGGGCACACAAGAGAGCUGUUAUUCAAACUAUGCAAGAAGUGCUCAGUGUUUGCUUUUUUCUACAUUAUUCUGUUAGGGGAGCUUUUCCUCUUGUACAAAGCGAGUGUUUCCGUUCUGCAGCGCAACAUCAUCUGGGAGCUUUUCCAUGUGCACCCUUUAUGUGCAUAGCCACCAUUGUGCGACAUUGCAGAAGGCUAGUUGCACCGCAUAGUCUUAACAUGAUGCAGAGCUAUCAAAGAUGACCACAGACACAUACGGUAUCAUACACAAGGUAACUAUAUAGCAUUUCAUUCAUAUUUAAGAGUCGAAGUGCGUAGGAAACAAUUUGACUAAAAAGUGAUCAAGGUAAGAGAGAAGCAAGUAAAACACACAUGAUCAAGCACAAUCAGUUAUGCAUACUUUUCUUGUUUGGCCUAGUUUUAAGAGUUUAUGCUCACUCGGUGGCACUAAAGACAAACAAUGUACUGAUCCUCAUGAGCAUGCACAUGUUACUUGCCUGUGUUGCCUGCCUUUUGGGGUAUCUGUUUCCUACACAUCUGCCUCUCAAGUGUGCAUGUAAUAAUAUAGUUGUUAGUUUAGGCGUCACCCCAUGUGUUUGUGUGAUCUUUCUCAGCUAUCCGCCACCAAUGGCUAUAGCCUUCUGCGUAACACGAGAUCGCGGGUUCGAUUCCCUGCCGCAGUGGCUGCAUUCCGAUGGGCAGCAAAAGGCAUAAGUGCUCAUGUACUUGGAUGUAGGUGCAUAUUAAAUACUCUCGUUGGUCAAAAUUAAUCUCGGUUCCCAACCACUACAGCAUCAGUUAGAGCGGAUGUAUUUCUUUAGUACGUUAACUCCCAUAAUUUGAAAUUUUCACUCUUUUUAGCUCUGUGUCUUGUUAAAACUAUGCAGUGACACCUGCUUUUCAUUGCAAGGAACCAAGUAGCGUUUGUGCAACUUUUCAUGAGAUGCUUGAUGACCUUGUGCCUGUGAGUUUGACUCUGGAGGAUUGUGUCGUCCCUCGUUUGGUGCCUCCGUGCCAAAGUGCCCCACCUGGCACCACCUCACGUUAUACAUGAGGCUAACUGCUAGUAUUUUCUGUCUGCUGAUGUUAGCUGAGCGCUGUAGGUGGAACUCGGCAUUUCCGUUCCUUCCUGCACUGUUUGUCCUAGUAGUCAGACUCGCAUUUUGUAACCAAGGUGCUUUGUGCAGAGCUACUGUCCACCUUUUUAAUGUGGCUUUUGUCAUAGUUUGGGCAUUAGAGGACACACAAGUAAGGAUCCUACAUUUUAAAACAGCCUGCAUGCUUCCACUGUAUUGUCAUAGUCGGAGGUUUGACAAUGCACAUGUGGCUGAUGGCUGUACUAUCACUCUUGCUUUGUAUCUUCUGCGUGUUGCGUCUAAAUGUUGCUGACGUUUCCGGAGCUUCAUUUUUGAAUUUGCGGAGUCUUGAGGUUGUGACGAAAAUCAAAUUUUACUCCAAGGUAACACACAUGGCCUUCGAUUCUCCUCUGGUUCUACAGAUUAAGGGAAAAAAAAGAAUUUUUAGACUUUUACACUGGCUGUAGAUGCCUUCUCAGUGCAGCAAAUGGUUCUAGUGUGUGUAUGUGGUAGCUUGCCAGUUAGUUGGGCUCAAGUAUCGUGCAAGUUAUGUGCAUAAAGACUUGAUCUGCCAAGCAGUUCUUAUGAAAAUUUUGAGGCCACUUUAUGAGUGGCAACUCCUGUUGAAGGGCUGUUGUAGUACACCUGGCACUGUGUGAAGUAACUGGAAAGAAAAGAGCACUGUCAUCCACAAUCUGUGGCACUCCUUGGCAGUAACAGGGCACCCAUUCCAAUCAGUUCAGUCAUGCAGUGGCUUUGAAACUUUUGACAAAUGCUGUUCCUGCCAUGACUGCCAUGCAGUUAGUGUUUGCUGCUAUGCGUCAGGUCACUGGCUUUUAUAUUCGGCUGUAAGCCAAAUGCAUAGCUCACAAUCUAGCAGGUGUAUAAAGCUUGCUGAGUAAAAAGUUCAACGCGGACAAUUGCCUCAGCUAUGUGUGACUCUGUAUUUGGUUUUGUACAUGGCAGACAAUGCUGUGGAAGCCAGAGCAACUUCCCACACUUAUCUGCAUUCGUAGGCAAAUCUUAGUGCGUGCUACAUGACAGGAAGAAAUUGAAUGCGCUAUGCACUUUGGCACUGUGCUCACUUCAUACAUUACAGGCCCAAUGUAUGAAGCAAUUGUCACGUAGGAGUACGUAGACAAAAAUUGCACUCAUUGCACAGCUUUCACAGUGUGUUUGUUACAUGCUAGAAGUUCAAGGCAUGCAAACAAUAUGGGAGUUGAUGUAGUGUUUACUCCACAUUUCAUAAUUUUAAUACACCAGGGAGCUGUUCUGUGAAAGACAUUGCAGAUGAAAGGCCAUUUCACUACAAAACAGGCAGAGUGAUACAUUUUUGUGGCCACACUUGCGUAGCUUCCGGAGCGUUGCUUUCAAAGUAUGAACCAUGGUGCAGUUGUGGUCAUGUGCAGAGCUAAUGCAGUAUACAGAAGAAACAGUAAUGGGCUUUGAAGAAUAUAUGCCUUACUCGUAGUGUUAUCUGCUUAUUCACAAAUGCAGAGGCUUAGACAGUGCCUUUUACUGCUGGAUAAACUUCUAAACUUGCACAGAUGAGGUAAUGUUGCAUGCUCAUAACUAAAGUGACUAUGAUGUGCACUCAUGAUACUUUGCCCUGAAUUUACCACAGUGCUGCUAGGGAGAACAUUUGACAAAUGUGGCAAACAUUCUUCAUAAAGCUUGCUUACGCAUAGAUAUGAGUGAACUAUGUAAGUACACUUUGUGGCAGUUCGCCUGCAGAGAUCAUUGCCCAAAAUGGCAAAAAGUGCUGUGAGCGCCAGCUACUGCUGCUCAUUUCUGUGCCUUCUUGAGAGCCGUAUUUUUUAUCGCUUUACACACUUGUCUUUGAACUCCAUAACGAAGCCCUUGUGCUUGGCCAUUAUAUGCAUUACUUAGGAAGCUAUUAUAAAAGAAACAACUUUAAUUGGAACCUGUACAAAACCCAGUGUCCUGUCGUGAUAGUUUUCGUGCUUCUCGAUAUUGUCCUUCAUGCACUCUGGAAACCUCAUUGCUGAAAUAAACAAGAUGGUGCAGUAGUGCCCCUAUUCACAAACAGCUAAA